CUUUCCAAAAAGCCCCUUACCAACCUAAACUCAUCAUGCCUCCUAGAAGACAAAAUCCUCCUCGUCAACGAGCUGUUCGGGACAUAAAAAUGGAAGAACUACAUUUUGAAGGUCGUCUUCAACCAAAUGAAUUUAUUGACUGGUUGCACACUGUGGAACGUGUGUUUGAACUCAAGGAUGUUCCUGACGAUAAGUGUGUGAAGCUCGUCGCCAUCAAAUUAAAGAAACAUGCAUCCAUUUGGUGGGAGAAUCUCAAACGCAGUCGAGAAAGAGAAGGCCGCAACAAAAUUAGAACUUGGGAGAAAAUGUGUCGAGAACUCACUCGUAAGUUUUUACCUGACCGUUACUACCAAGAUAAUUUUGUUAAAUUUCAUAACUUGCAGCAAAAAUCUUUGACUAUGGAAGAAUAUACUAUGGAGUUCGAACAAUUAAUGAUGAAGUGUGAUGUUCGGGAAAAGGAUGAGCAAACCAUAGCUCGAUAUCUUGGAGGGUUGGACUAUGACAUUUCCAAAGUUGUUCAACUUCAACAAUAUUGGACUUUGGAUGAUGUAAUUCAGCUAUCAUUGAGGGUUGAAAAGCAAAUCUCAAAGAAGAAUAUCACUAGUGCUUCAAAACUGCGGGAUUUUGGAGCUAGCAGAGGGACUCAAGCCUCAAAAACUGCUGCUAAGACCCCUGCCAAGACUGAGAAGGAAGAAGCCUCAGAAGAUGAAGCAGAAAAAGAGCAAAAUGAUGAAAUUGAGUCACCCCAGCUUGAGGAAGAACUCAUCACAGCUGACCAUGGAGAAUCUUUGGUUGUGCGUCGUAGUCUACAUGCUACCAUAACCAAGGAUGAAGAUUGGCUUCGACAUAACAUCUUUCACACCAGAUGCACUUCUCAAGGGAAAGUCUGCAAUGUGAUCAUUGGCAGUGGAAGUUGUGAGAAUGUUGUGUCAAAUUAUAUGGUUGAGAAGCUAGGUUUGCUUGUCAAAGAUCAUCCCCAUCCAUACAAGUUACAAUGGCUACGAAAGGGAAACGAGUAUGCGGAACUUCAACGACAAGUCAAAGAACUGAUGGAGAAAGGACUUGUCAAGGAAAGUGUUAGCCCAUGUGCCGUGCCUGUGCUACUCGUCCCAAAGAAAGACGGAACUUGGAGAAUGUGUGUAGAUAGUCGAGCAGUCAACAAAAUCACUAUCAAGUACUGCUUCCCAAUUCCACGCGUUGAUGAUAUGCUUGAUCAACUGCAUGGAGCUACUGUCUUCUCAAAGAUUGAUUUGAGAAGUGGAUAUCACCAGAUUCGAAUGCGUCUUGGUGAUGAAUGGAAGACAGCAUUCAAAACUAGAGAUGGUUUGUACGAGUGGACGAUCAUGCCAUGCGGAUUCAAGAAUGAACAGGAGCACCUAGACCAUCUUUGGCAAGUUUUUGAAGUCUUUAGAGAACAGAAACUUUAUGCUAAUCUCAAGAAAUGUUCAUUCCUCACUACAAGUGUGACAUUUCUUAGAUACAUCAUCACUGCUCAAGGUAUCAAGAUGGACCCGAGUAAGAUUGAUGCUAUUGUCAACUGGCCUACACCAACAUCAAUGCAUGAUGUUCGAAGCUUCCAUGGCCUGGCAUCUUUUUACUGGAGAUUCAUUAAGAAUUUUAGUUCUAUUGUUGCCCCUAUUACUGACAGCCUUAAGGGUGACAAAUUUUCAUGGAAUGACAAAGCCCAACAGAGUUUUGAAGAAUUAAAGAGGCAGCUCACUGAAACCUCUGUACUUGCACUUCCCAACUUUGACCUGAUGUUUGAAGUAGAUUGUGAUGCUUCUAAUGUUGGAAUUGGUGUAGUGUUAAGUCAAGAAGGUCGACUCAUUGCCUUCUUUAGUGAAAAGUUGAAUGACACAAAGCUUAGAUAUUCCACCUAUGACAAAGAAUUCUAUGCAAUUGUUCGAGCCUUGGAGCAUUGGAGUCAUUAUCUUCUUUCCAAAGAAUUCAUCUUGCACUCUGACCAUGAGGCAUUGAAGCACCUGAAUUCUCAACAGAAGAUCAGUCGCCGACAUGUUGCUUGGAGUGAAUUUCUACAAGCUUAUCCUUUCCUCCUCAAAUACAAAUCUGGAGAGUUGUAUGAGGAUGAUCUUGAUUUUAGCAACAUUUGGCAAGCCACUUCUAAUCAAGCCUUUCAGCAAUAUCAUCGCCAGCAAGAUUACCUCUUCGAGGGUAACCGACUAUGUGUUCCACGUUGCUCACUCCGAGAUUCAAUUAUCUGGGAAGCACAUAAUGGUGGAUUAGCUGGUCAUUUUGGGAGAGAUAAGACUUUAGCUCUUGUUAAAGAAAGUUUUUAUUGGCCAAAGUUGGAGCAGAAUGUCAUUUGUCACAUUCAAAGAUGCAAAGUUUGUCACCAAGCCAAGACAAUCAAUCAAAACACAGGGUUGUAUCAGCCAUUGCCUAUCCCAACUUCACCUUGGGAAGAUGUUAGUAUGGAUUUUGUCCUUGGUCUACCACGAACUCAACAAAGAAAGGAUUCUAUCAUGGUCGUGGUUGACAGAUUUUCUAAAAUGGCUCACUUUAUUGCUUGUCAGAAAACUAAUGAUGCUUCUCUCAUUGCUGAGUUAUAUUUUAGAGAAAUUGUGCAUCUACAUGGAGUUCCAAAGACCAUCACUUCAGAUAGAGAUGUGAAGUUCAUGAGUCAUUUUUGGAGGACUUUAUGGAGAAAGAUGGGCACUCAACUCCAGUUUAGUUUUGCUAGCCAUCUCCAAACCGAUGGGCAAACUGAAGCUAUCAAUAAGAUUUUGGGGAAUCUACUACGAAGAAAAUGCCCAUUUGAAGUAGUAUAUGGAGUGUGUCCUCUCAGUCCUUUAGAUCUUGCUCCAUUGCCCACAUCCCGACAAUUUAGUGCAGAUGCGGAACAACGAGCCAAGGAGAUUAAGAAACUUCAUGAAGAAGUUCGUGAGAAGCUACAACGUCAAACCAUUAGGUAUAAGGCUCAUCAUGACAAGCACCGAAAGAAGGUUGUGUAUAAAGAAGGAGAUUGGGUAUGGAUACACCUUCGAAAGGAAAGGUUUCCUAAUCGACCUAAUGUCAAACUCUCCCCUAGAGCAGAUGGUCCUUUUCAGAUAGUGGAGAAAAUCAAUGAUAAUGCCUACAAGAUCAAACUUCCAAGUGACUAUGGAGUCUCUGCUACUUUCAAUGUAGUUGACCUAUCUCCUUACUAUGAGGAUCAUGAGCAUUGAACUCAAACUCGAGGACGAGUUUUCUCCAACCAGAGGAGAAUGCACCGGGGGAAAGCACCACGAAAGCACCAUGUCAUUGCACCAGGAUUGCAAGUCAGCAAAUUUCAUACUACACUCUGCAGACUACAAAUAGGCCGGUGCAAUUUUGUCAAAAGUGGCCACUAAAUUCCACAAAGAUGG